CUGUUUGAUCCCCCUUUUCAGCCCCCAAAUUCAUUUCUCCAUUUCAUCAUUAUCAUCUUUUAACAAAAAUCAAACAAAAAAACAAAAAUGGAGAAUUACAAAAUGUCCGACAAGAGAAACCUGCGAGAUCAAAAACGGCGAGCAUUGGCCGAGAAAUACGAACUCCGCCAUAGACUCUACAAAGCAUUAUCAAAAGACACGGAGUUGCCAAUGGAAAUCCGCGAGAAAAACAGAAGCAAAUUGGCUGAUUUGCCGAGGAACAGUUCAUUUACACGUGUCAUGAAUCGGUGUAUUUAUACUGGGCGUGCUAAAGCUGUUUAUCAGAUGUUCCGAAUGUCUAGGAUUGUGUUUCGUGAUUUGGCUGGUAAAGGCAUUUUGCACGGAGUUAAAAAAGCUUCAUGGUAGU